UUGUUUAAUAAUAAUGGUGAACACUUCAUCUCCCUCCUCCUCCUCUAUCUUCUCUACAAAAAUGGAAACCUCAUUCAUUCUUCCCACCAAACAAAUGGCAUUCUCUUCUUUCUCCCUCUUCUUCUCCCUACUCUUCUUCUCUCCUCUCUUUCUCAACGAAGUCAAUGCCUUCACCGGAACCUAUGGAGUCAACUAUGGCAGAAUCUCAGACAACAUACCACCACCCCAAAGCGUGGUGACACUUCUCAAAGCAGCGAAGAUAAAAAACAUCAGAAUCUACGACGCAAACCAUGAUGUUCUCACGGCCUUUAAAGGGUCAGGAAUCGAAAUCAUUGUCGGACUCGGUAAUGAAUUCUUGAAAGAUAUAAGCGUAGCAGAAGACCGAGCCAUGAUGUGGAUCAAAGAAAACGUUCAGCCAUUCGUGCCCGCAACCCGAAUCCGGGGAAUCGCAGUCGGAAACGAGAUAUUGGGUGGUUCGAGUUUAGAGCUCGGGGAAGUUCUUCUCCCAGCUGUGAAAAACGUUUACAGUGCUCUCCAAAGACUUGGUCUGGCCAAAUCGAUAGAGGUUUCGAGUCCACAUUCAGAGGCCGUGUUCGCCAACUCUUAUCCACCAUCUUCGUGUGUGUUCAAAGAAGACGUAGCCCAGGUCAUGAAACCACUUUUGGAAUUCUUUCAGCAAAUUGGGACCCCUUUCUACAUCAACGCUUACCCUUUUCUGGCUUACAAAAGUGACCCUGAACACAUUGAUAUAAACUACGCCUUGUUCAAGAAAAAUCCUGGCAUUUACGAUACCAAGACCAAUCUCCAUUACGACAAUAUGUUCGAUGCUCAGAUUGAUGCUGCUUACGCGGCUUUGGAGAAAGCUGGGUUCCCUAAAAUGGAGGUGAUAGUAUCUGAAACAGGUUGGGCUUCACGUGGGGAUAGUGAUGAAGCUGGAGCCAAUCUAAAAAACGCCAGAACUUAUAACUUGAACUUGAAGAAAAAGCUGCUUAAGAAGAAGGGAACCCCUUAUAGGCCCAAGACUAAGGUAAGGGCUUACAUUUUCGCUUUGUUUAAUGAGAAUCUGAAACCUGGGCCUACUUCGGAGAGGAACUUUGGGCUAUUUAAGGCUGAUGGGAGUAUCUCUUAUGAUAUUGGCUUCACUGGGCUCGCUCCUUCUUCAGCGACAUCUUCUCUAUUGUCGUUUCAGGGUAUUGGAAUUCAAGGUUUGGUUCGAUCCUCGUAUUCGUGGGCUUUUACGAGCUGUGCUGCAGUUCUGCUCCUAAUUUUAUCGUCAUGAUGAUGAUGAUCAAAGACUUUGACUCCCAGAUCUAUACGUUUGCUGACUACUUGAAAGAAUUGAGACUCUUGAAAUUUGAAUUUUAUGUACAUUUGUAUUGUGUAUAAUAUAUAUUGCUAAUUUAUUCA